AUGGGUUCUCCUUGGCCAUUUGCCGCUUGGGGCAUGGAUGUUAUUAGGCCCAUAAAUCCUUCUGCCUCCAAUGGACACCAUUUUAUUUUGGUCGCUAUCGAUUACUUCACGAAGUGGUUUGAGGCCUCAACAUAUAAGUCUAUAACCAAGAAGGUGGUAGCAGAAUUCGUUCAUAACAACUUAGUCUGUCGGUUUGGAAUCCCAAAGUCAAUCAUAACAGAUAAUGGAGCCAAUCUUAAUAGUGACCUAAUGAGAGAAAUUUGUGAAAGGUUUAAGAUCUCUCAUCGAAAUUCCACGACGUAUCAACCACAAAUGAAUGUAGUUGUUGAAGUCGGAAACAAGAAUAUUAAGAGGAUCUUGAGGAAGAUAGUACACGGCAAUAGAGAGUGGCAUGAGAAGCUGUUGUAUGCUUUGCUCGGAUAUCGCACCACAAGUAGAGCUUCUACUGUGGAAACUCCCUACAUGUUGGAUUAUGGUUCGGAAGCAGUGAUACGGUAG